GAUUAUCUGGCAUCACAACGCAGGGGGAGCAACUCCUACCAGCGAUUCUCCCUCUAUACUGCGAACCGCUUGGUCCAUAAGUUGUUUCAUCGAGGCAAGGCCAUCAUAGCUCUUCUCAAUUCUAUUCCCCGUCCACGCCACCUUGUCAAUCUCACCCACACCGCCAGUAAAGAUGGAUUUCGAAAGCCUGAAGAACCAGGUUAGCAAUCUGACCCUUUACGACAUCAAAGCCGGUGUCCGGAAGGUUCAAAAUGCCGUCAUGAACUUGACCGAGAUGGAGGCCAAGGUCCGAGAAGCUACAAACGGAGAUCCAUGGGGAGCAUCUGCGAGUCUCAUGCAGGAUAUUGCCCAAGGAACACACAACUAGUCAGUCGCGUACCGCUGCAGCUGGGAAUCGCAAGCUGACCGCUGCAGCCAACAACUGAACGAAAUCAUGCCCAUGAUCUACAAACGGUUUACGGACAAGACUGCGGAAGAGUGGAGGCAGAUAUACAAGGCCUUGCAACUCCUCGAGUUUCUCUGCAAAAACGGGUCGGAGCGAGUCAUCGACGAUGCGCGAUCACACCUAUCCCUUCUCCGAAUGCUCCGUCAGUUCCAUUAUAUCGAUCAAAAUGGCAAAGAUCAGGGCGUAAAUGUCCGAAACAGAUCAGCAGAAUUGGUUAAACUGUUAAGUGAUGUCGAUACUAUUAGAACAGAGCGAAAGAAAGCGCGCGCAAACCGCCACAAAUACGGAGGCGUGGAGGGCGGAAUGGGAAUGGGCGGCGGUUUCUCCAGUAGCAGUCGAUACGGCGGCUUUGGCAGCGAGACUGGUGGCUUUGGAGGCUACCAAGGAGAGGUUUAUGGCGAUGGCGGCGGCUUUGGUGGUCGCGACACCGACUUCUCGGGCACUCAGCGACGUGGCGAACAGUUUGAGGAAUACGACGAGGCCGACGAUUUCGAGGCCACAAGACCGACAAGGAGCACCACCACACGAACAGCGGCACCGACAACAACCGCGAAACGAGAUCCGCCGAAGCCGAAAGAAUCGGAACAAGAUCUCUUCGAUUUUGGCGACGACCAAACAGCGCUGAAGCAGUCGAAUGGCAAAGCACCAGCUCAGUCAAGCGGCCUGGAUGACUUUGGCGGCUUACAAGGCAGCACAGCAAACGAUGAUGAUGAUUUCGACGACUUUCAAUCUGCUACCAGUCCAGCGGUGACACAGCCUGCGUCAAAUCCCUUGGCUGGUAUUGCUCCUCCACCAGCCACUUCGACUACGACCUCUGCCACGCAGUUUGCGGCUCCAAAGCCAGUGGCUCCUGGACAGGCUGCCGGUUUCAACAACAUUUUCACAACUGCAUCUCCAGCGCCAUCUGCAACUUCUUCAAUAAUGUCACCGACAACGUCAACGUUUUCACCGCCGCCUGCGCAGAAACCUGCUCAGCCCACGCAACCUAGCGGGUUCAAACCCUCUGGACCGAACUAUUUCACAUCAGUCCCCAUGUCGACAAACUCGCAGCCGACUGCCACAUCCAAUGCGUCGACGCCUUUGAGCGGAGCCACUCCCUCAUACACAUCCUCUACUUCUGCAGCAUCACUCGGCAAGCCGGCGUCCAAACCAGUCGCGGGCAAGGGCGGCGAUGCUUUUGGAGACCUCUGGAGUAGCGCAAGCAGCAAAGCGGGAGUCAAGGGAACCACCGGGCCGCAGAAAGGACCAGAUCUAGCGAGCAUGGCCAAAGCAAAGAGCCAAGCGGGAAUUUGGGGAGCAGCUUCAGCAGCAAGCUCGACAACUCCCAAGCCUGGGGCGAUGGCUUCCAACCCUACCACUCCCUCGGGACAAGCCAAACCCAGCGCACCUUUGGGGAACGGCCUUGAUGAUUUGCUUGGUUAGAUGAUGUACGAGAGGUACUUGAAUUUCCCGCGGACACGAAAAGAAACAUUCACAGCUUGAUCAGCAGACCCUUGGGAGAUUUGCAUAGAUCGGAAAGUUAAUUAUUCGCUUGUUUGAAGCAGUCGCUAAGCCUUCCAUCAUGAUUCUGGCAGAUUGAUAAUGCCGUAGACCAAAAAUUGGACCCUGCGAUCCGGACUCCGGGCCUUCUGCCAUAAUCGAGGCUGCAGUCUUAUGAACGUGGAGUAUACGCGAGGCGUGAUAUUUGCAGGCAGGAAGACCAAUGACGAUGCUGAGAACCAAUGCGAGUGAGACGGGAUCGAGGAAUCACGGAGUUCCAUCCAAUCCCUUAUCGGGGCUCUCGGUGCGUCUGGGGUGUCGCCUAGCAAGCAAAAUGUGGAUUGGGAAGUGCGUGUGGUGUAAUACAGGGUGGCUGUG